AAAGUGUUAAUCUGUGAUCUACUAAAUGCUCUUAAUCUAUGAGCCUGAGAUCGAUUGCUCUGGUCUCCACUCAAGUUCACGGAGAAUUCGCGGUCUUUUUUCUCAUUGCACUAAACGUUCCAUGAGUAAACAUUCCGUAUCACGCUCUCGUGAUUCUUUCUACCCUUUUUCAGUAGGUGGCGACAUGCACCUUCUAGCGUUUGUUUGUGGACCGCCAUGAUACCAGAGAAGAAGAGGACAUCGCUUAGAAAAUGGGGGCUUGCAUGGCCUUAUGUUCCCUUGCUAGCUGUGCCUCCUGUCUGUGUGGCUCCGCUCCGUGUCUGCUAUGUGGCUGCUGUCCCUCCUCCAGAAACUCCACCGUCACCCGGCUGGUGUUCUCCUUCUUUCUACUCCUAGGGACCCUGGUGUCUGUCAUCAUGAUCCUCCCUGGCAUGGAGGCACAGCUCCAAAAAAUCCCAGGCUUCUGUCAGGGUGCGAGCACCAUACCAGGCAUGGAGAACCAGUUUAACUGUGAUGUCAUUGUGGGCUACAAGUCGGUGUACCGCAUGUGCUUCGCCAUGACCUGCUUCUUCUUCCUCUUCUCAGCCAUCAUGGUCCGCGUCCAGAGCAGCAAAGACCCGCGUGCAUCCAUUCAGAAUGGUUUCUGGUUCUUUAAGUUUCUGAUCCUGGUCGGCAUCACCGUGGGAGCCUUCUUCAUCCCGGAUGGAACCUUCCAUACUGUAUGGUUUUACUUUGGCGUGGUUGGCUCCUUCAUCUUCAUCGUCAUCCAGCUUAUCCUUCUCAUCGACUUUGCCCACUCUUGGAACAAGAUAUGGGUGGGGAACGCCGAAGAGGGCAACUCAAAGUGCUGGUUUGCAGGCUUAUUGUCGUUCACCUUCCUCCACUACGCACUGGCCUUCACCUCAGUGGUGCUGUUCUACAUCUACUACACCCAGCCUAACGACUGCACCGAGCACAAGGUCUUCAUCAGCCUCAACCUCAUCUUCAGCGUCAUCAUCUCCAUCGUCUCCGUCCUGCCCAAAGUACAGGAAGCCCAGCCCCAGUCUGGUUUGCUCCAGGCCUCUCUCAUCUCCCUCUACACCAUGUAUGUCACCUGGUCCGCCAUGACCAACAACCCAAACCGUAACUGUAACCCCAGCCUGCUGAGUCUGGUGUCAAAUGUCAGCUCCAGUGAGCCCACACCCACCAGUGCCCCAGGACAGGUGCAGUGGUGGGACGCCCAGAGCAUUGUGGGUUUGGUCAUCUUCCUCUUCUGCACUCUCUAUGCCAGUAUCCGUUCGUCCAGCAACACCCAGGUGAACAAGCUGAUGCAGACCGAGGAGGGCGGGGGUUAUGGAGGAGAGGGCGAGGUAGGGGAGGACGGUGUGCGACGUGCCGUGGAUAAUGAGGAGGAGGGGGUCACCUACAGCUACUCCUUCUUCCACUUCCACCUCUGUCUGGCCUCCCUCUACAUCAUGAUGACACUCACCAACUGGUACCAGCCUGACACCACCACCCAGGCCAUGCAGAGCAGUAUGCCAGCUGUGUGGGUGAAGAUCAGCUCCAGUUGGCUGGGACUGGGCCUCUACCUCUGGACCCUGCUCGCCCCUCUCAUGUUUCCCGACCGAGACUUCAGCUGAACAGCCCCCCAUGGGGUCACCAUGGGCUUGUAAGAUGUUGUGAGGAAGUUUAUUAUAAUUCUUUAAAAUACAAGUCCGCAUUUUUGCAUUGGUCUCUGUUGGUGUGUUUAAUCUUUUGUUUUGAAUUAUUUUACAUGUUAUUAAUUAUUUACCUUGGCUGCAUGGGGUAUGGUUAUCACUACAUUGUUAGAUAUUAUUGGAUGCUUUUAAGGGGCUUUUAAUAUCCAUACUGAGAAUGUUUUAUUGAUUUAGCCAUUCAAUUAUUUUAUUUGCCUAUAUGCAAAACUGCACUUAACUCUGUCUACCUUAACACAAUCUUCUGAGAUGAGCAUCGGUUUGUCCCAGAAUGCACAUUAGUGAACUAUAGCAAAGACUUGAUAACAGGCGCUUAUUACCUCACUUUUACAAUAAUAUAUUAGUUGGGAUUCCCAUGUUGUUAAAGUAGGCCUGGUUCCAGUUGAUUGUAUUUGUAUUUAUUAUGGAUCCCCAUUAGCUGCUGCCAAAGCAGCAGGUUGGGGAUUCCCCCUCAUUGGCUGAGCUCCCGCAGUUCUGGAGCUUUAAGAGUGACCCUCUCCAGAGCCCUAGAGAGACGGUGUGUGAGGGAGAUAAACCAGGGGGGCACACCCUCGAGGGGGUUCUCCGAGUCUGAGCCCUCUUACUGAAAUGAUGUAAUAUGUACACAUCCUGAUUAAAGCUCACUGGACUGUGAAGUAUCAACCUACCCCCUGCUCUAACUACAUAUUUCUGAACCCUGGAGGUCAGUUGUAAUACCUCCUACCUACCCCACCCUAAGGCUUAGCUCUCUACCCCAACUAUGCCUGAUUCACGUAGGGCCGACCUGAACCGUACUGGUUCAGAUAUUUUCUUUUCCCAUGAUCCUUGCCAGCACGGUUCCAGAAACUAUGGGGGAUGCAUAUUCAGGGCAGUACAGCUCAGACUUGGUUUGGCUCAGGAGUGUGAAAAUGGUACUACAGUGCUCUCAACACCAACCUUAGCCCAUUUAACUCUGGUGCUACACCAUGCCCUGUCCCUAAAGAUAUCUGUGUUUCUGCUCUAUCUCUAGCCCUGUUUCUGGGUCUUCUAUAGUCAUGGGUCAGUGCUAGUACAUGCUUGUAUCUGCAGUGAGGUGACAUAUUCUGAUCCGAUAGUGUCAAUCUCUUGGGGGCAGUUUCUCGGACACAGAUUAUUUUAUUUCACCUUUAUUUAACCAGGGAGGCUAGUUGAGAACAAGGUCUCAUUUUCAUUUGCGACCUGGCCAAGAUAAAGCAUAGCAAUUCGACACAUACAACAACACAUGGAAUAAGCAAAACAUACAGUCAAUAAUACAGUAGGAAAAAAGAAAACAAAAAAGUCUAUACAGUGAGUGCAAAUGAGGUAAGAUAAGGGAGUUAAGGUAAUACAUAGGCCAUGGUGGCGAAGUAAUUACAAUAUAGCAAUUAAACACUGGAAUGGUAGAUGUGCAGAAGAUGAAUGUGCAAGUAGAGAUACUGGGGUGCAAAGGAGCAAGAUAAAUAAAUACAGGAUGAGGUAGAUAGAUGAGCAGUUUACAGAUGGGGUAUGUACAGGUGCAGUGAUCUGUGAGCUCCUCUGACAGGUGAUGCUUAAAGCGUAGUCCUGGACUAAGACGAUAUUUCAAUUGAGAUUUUCCAUUGACCAUGGUUUUUAGUCCCGGGCUAGGCUUAAUCUGUGGCUGGAAAACUGUCCCUUGAAGUCUACAGGGGUUUAGGUGAGGAAGUGGGAUUCUGAACCUUUCACUUCUGCUCUGAGAAAUGCCAUAUGUUGCCACGAUGUUACUGAGUCAGUUAAUUAAUCAGUCAAUAGUGUACAGCUCUAUAACAAUGCAUUUCAAGAACGAUAUGUUGGUGUUUGAUGAUAUUUUAAAUGGUUAUAAUUCAAUGGAUAUUGCUUUCAAAUAUGAUAAUUAUGAGUUGUUGCACACAUUCAUGUCAGAUUAUUUACCUGUUAAUGGAUAUGAAGUUUCCCAAUGUGACUGAAAUAAGAUCAAUAUGUUUCACUCGUGGUGAAAAGAUUGGUGUACUUAAGAGAUGUGACAUUUUUAAAUUGGUGGUCUAUUGAAGAAUCUUGACUGAACUGUACUAAUUAUAAAAAUACAAUAUUUAACCUUUAUUUAACUAGGCAAGUCAGUUAAGAACACAUUCUUAUUUACAUUGACUGCCUAGGAACAGUGGGUUAACUGCCUUGUUCAGGGGCAGAACGACAGAUUUUUACCUUGUCAGCUCGGGGAUUUGAUCUAGCAAUCUUUCAGUUACUGGCCCAACUCUCUAACCACUAGGCUACCUGCCGGCCCAGUGCAAAAAUUUGAGUAUUGUGAAUUUGAUUGUUUAAAAGUGAAAUUGAAGACAAUAAUUCAAUUCUGAUAAACAUUAAAGUGUACAGAACACGGUCCUAAUUUUGAGUUGCACACCCUUUUGCCCUCAGAACAGCCUCAAUUCGUCAGGCCAUGAAAUCUACAAGGUGUUGAAAGCAUUCCACAGGGAUACUUACAACAUUCCAGUUGGCUGGAUGUCCUUUGGGUGGUGGACCAUUCUCGAUACACAUGGGAAACUGUUGAGCGUGAAAAACCCAGCAGUGUUGCAGUUCUUGACACACUCAAACCGGUGCGCCAGGCACCUACUACCAUACCCCGUUCAAAGGCACUUCAAUCUUUUGUCUUGCCCUUUCACCCUACACACACACAAUCCAUGACUCAAUUGUCUCAAGGCUUAAAAAUCAUUAUUUAACCUGUCUCCCCUUUAUCUACACGGAUUGAAGUGGAUUUAACAGGUGAAAUCAAUAAGGGAUCAUAGCUUUCAGCUAGAUUCACCUGGUCAGUCUGUCACGGAAACUCAGUGUAUUGUACAGUAUAUGUUGCAUGUGAGCAUAAUGUAUUAUGGUUCAUUGCCCAUACAGAUGAAUUAACCCAAGCAUGGUUUCAAGUGAUGAUCCUUCAGUAUUGAAUGAAGAAUUAUCAAGGGUGUUUUUGAGAACAACAAUAUUGAGUGCCUUUUUAUAUAUAAAUGCAUUUCAAAAAGAGCUUCUGGUAGAUAUAAAUUCAAACCUGCAAUAACGUGGCUUCCACAUUUUGUGUUAAAUGCAUGUUUUAGCAUGUCACAAGGAGUGUCUCAGCUAAUUUCAUAGUUUGGUUAUAUAGGUACAGUAUCUGAAAAUUAUUUUUCAAUAAAAUCAUCAACAUAAUCCCAUGAAGGUAUUAAAAAAAAUCAUCUUUACAGUAUACUUUCUUCACAAUUGCAGUACGAUUAGUGCUCAUGUUGCCCACUAGGUGGAACUGAAGCGCCUUAAAUAUUGUUUUCUUUGCUGUUAUCAGAUACCAUACUACACAGGAGACUGCAGUACACUACAGAAAUGUUAUAAGGAUAUUUUCUAAUCAACGGACUGAGGUUGCUCAGAGCUUUACCCUGUGCUCUGAGAAACUUGAGAACUGCGAAGAGUGAACGUGAUGUGACCCAAUAAACCUGUCCUCUGGAUGUUGUUGAUUGUA